CAUUAUUAGAAGUUUAAAUGGAGUAGUUUUGUGCCUGUGUUCAUGUUUAAGAAUAAUUUAGAGGGUUGGACACAGCGCCAGAGGAGUGGAAACUGAACUGUGAAGUGUUUCACUCUUUCCUCUCCUUUGCUCCAUUUUACAAAAGUUGUGGAUUGGACCACACCUCCAAACUCAACAGCAGACAAAGAUCACUGACGAUGUCCCAGAAGACAAGUAGCUCCUCUGUGGUGGAUCCAUCUGAGCCCGAGGACGCUCCCUGCUUUGCUCAGUCUGGAAAGGGAGGUCGUAACAAGUCAAACUCAGAGCGAAGAAAUGAAGAGACCUCGUCUUCUCCAGAAAGCCUAAACAGCGAUGGGAACGGCAGCUCAAAAACCCGCCGUCGAAGAAAACGCACUUCCAAUGCUGAAAGCGGCCCUGUGGUUAAAGUCAACAAAACAAAAAAUGAAGUUGAAACCCAGGGCGGCCAGACUGUUCACUGCUGUACAGGUUUGGCUGAGCUGCAGUCGGAGUGUACCAAUAUCUGGUUUGAACGCAGCAUGUAUGAAAGAGCUGAAAGCCGGUAUCAGUGUUGGCUGGCUACUUCCUCUGUUGGCACUUUGCCUUCCUCAUCUGUUCCAACAAAAAAUUCUCCUCCCCGUGCUUCAAAUGUGGCUCCUGUUCCCACUACUAUAUGCAACCACAAUGAUCAGGUUGCUUGCCACCAUAUAGUGCAGUCUGUGUGGGUCAACAAAAGCGCCUUCGAUCAAGCUGAACGCCAUUUUGUUGAAACCAUGCAACCCUCCAUUCCAAACUCUCUCAACAUCCCAUCUCCGCCCGAUCAUGUUGUGACAUCCAGAACGCCAGAUGAAGGAUACCAGUCUCUUCCCCCAACUCCAGCCACUCCCGUUAUCCUUGUUGACGCGGUAACGCCAACACGACAGCCAAUCAACGGACUUCCACGUAUCCCAAUGGAACUACUGCGAGACGUAUGGCUGGAGAAACCACAGUACGAUCGGGCCGAAGCUGCUUUCUAUCAAAACCAGUGCAGUAACAAUUCAACCAAGAGGUCUACCUGUCCCUCCACCAGUAGAGGCAGCGACCACCCACAAAGCCUUGUCGAGGAGGAAGAGGAGGAGGAUGAAGAGGAGGAAGAGGAGCUGGCUGUGGUUGAAGAGAAGCGAGUGGUCUCACAGUGUAAAGCAGAGGUCUUCCACGCACUACACCCAAUCCAAGAGGAGGAGGAGCCCACGGAAGUUUUGGACAAAGAUGAGGGAGAAAUAUCAGGAGUUUGUUACUUCCUUCAUCCCGACAAUGAGAGACUGUGGUUGGACAAGUAUCGAUAUGAUGCUGCUGAGACACAGUUCUACAGUUUCCGUAAAGAGGAAGCCCAAGUGAUGAAGGCGAGCGUCAAGCCAGAUAUCGAUGCCUCACCGGUCACCCCCACUAACCUGCAGAGGGACAAGUAUGGCAAAACUUAGAAAGUGGAGCCCAUCUUGCUAUUUUUUCCAUUUUCAAUUCAUUGCAUAUUCUA